UAUUUGCAUCUUGAGCCCCUUAAGUGUCUAUUAGUCUAGUACAUCCCUUUUCUAUGACAUUGAGUUAUGAAAGACCAGCCUCUGGUUUCUUCUGGUAGCUCUCAUGAUGUCAUUUAGCUUGUUCUUCUGUUGCCUGUAUUUCCUAUAAACUAGAUGUGAUGUCUAAAGGCUUCAUGGGUUCCACUUAGCCUGAGGUGACACAGCAGAUCUGGUUGUCUAAGACUGACCAUGGACCAUGCCUGGUCUUCCCUGUUAGGCUUGUGCCUGGUGAUGAGCCAGGGAUCUAUAGGCCAUCUCUUUGGUGCUGCAGGGACAGCCAUUUUGCCCAUCAGUUCUUCACCUGUUUAGUUCUUGUCUGAUUCAAUAAUUUCACCAGCGUUUUAAAACAUAGGUUUUACUAUUUUUCAGCUGUAGUAAGGCCAACAGCAGGAGACAAUGGCCAUUGAAAAGAUAGUUUAUUACUCAUAGUUGCCAAAAGAAGGGGCAGACUAUGCCACACAGGGCCAUGGGGGGAAGCACCAGGAUCAGUCAGGAGGCAGAGGAUCAAAGAGGAAACAUGGGCAAAAGUCAUUUGUGUUCCAUGGGAAAGAACUGGUGAGGCAGAGUAAGCAGGUGAGCUUUAAUUCAGUGGCCUCGGGGAUGUAGGGGCUCCCCAGCUGUCUGAUACCUGGCCCUGGGAUGUUCAGGGCAGGGCAGCGGUGGCUCGGAGUGUGAGAGCCCGCACAGGAAAGGAGAUCAUCGGGUGUACGGAGUCUGUUUUGGUCAGUAUGCAUUUGAGAAUCAUUCUCUAGGAAAGGGUUCGCCCUGGGAGGGCAGUCUCUCCAGGGCCAGCGAGACCCCAGAUGUCAAAGCAUCAGAAAUACAGAAAAUAGAAAGUCAUGAUUAAUACAACCUGAGUUUGUCAAAUGAUGUUUUUCUAGUUUCUAAUUACUUUUUCAUUAGCUGGCAUUCCUCUAUUUAAAAAAAAAGUUUUCUCCCUUAGAAAUUAAAAAACAGUUUCCCCAACUUUACCUAUUGCCAGCUAUUACCCUGUUGGAAUCCAAUGUCUCAUUGAUGUACUUGAAGUAUAUGGAGGUCCCCAUUCUAGAGGCUGGAAGUGGGGUAGGUGAAAAAUAGUCAAAAAAUUCUAUACCCCUGGAACUUACCUUCUAAUAAUGGUGGGGUUUGGGGACAGACAGUAAACCAGAUAAAUUAUUAGUGUUAGGUGGUGGUAACUGCUAUAGAGAAAAAAUGCAGAGAGGAUAUAGUGCUGAGUGAGAUGCUACACUGUGGGGUGUAGGAUGAAUAGGGCAACACUGAAGUAAAGCCCCAAAGGAAUUAAGGGAGUGAGCCAAGUGCUAUUUGUGGGGGAGAGUCUUCCAGAAGAGGAAAUAAAAGCAAAGAGGCCAGGUGGUGAGAAAUAAGGUUAGAGGUAAUGGGAAUAAGUCAUGCAGGGCUAUGCAAGCCUCAUCCAGACAGGCGAAAAGCCACUGAGCUAUAUCCAUAAAUGCUAACAUAUAAAUGUCAGAACAGGCUUUCUGCUUAGGCUUGCUUAAUCCCCAGAUGCCAGGUCAAGUCCAGUAUGUAAAUGCAUUAGUGGCUUCAAGAACCCAUCCAUUGAUUCCCUGAGUGUUGGGAGCAGCUACUGUUCUAGGCACUGAGAAUGCAAAGGUGAGGGAAAUGAAACAGGAAUGCUCUCAUGGAGCCCAGAGUCAAGAACUGGAAGAGAGACCCUAAAAUAACCUCCCACACAAGUGUCACGUGUGACUGCACCUCUGACCUAGGCUGGGAGGUUGGGGAUGCGCCCCCUAGGAAGGAACUCACCCCUUCCAGAAUCUAAGGGAGAAAAGAGUUUGUGACAAGGAAAGAGGAAGAGAGGAUUGUUCCAGGCAAACAGCAGUGUGUGGAGCAUGAAGUUGCAGCACAGGGCCAUGUGGAAAGGCAAUUCAAAAGGGUGUCAAGGUUUGUGCCUGUAUUCUGAGAGCAAUGGGAGGUACAAGCAGGGAUGACGGAUCAGAGGUUGGAAGGUCCGGAGGGCCUUCUCUUGCAGUGAGGAGAAGGGCCUGGAUGGUGUACAUGGCUGUAGUCAGAAAGCAGGAAACAUCAUUGUCCAGGAAAGCAGAGGGUGGUGUGGAUGCUGAAGGAGGUGCUCGGGCUGGGAAGACAUGAAGAUUCCAGAGAACCCAGGGGCCACUGACAGGACUGGUAAUCAUUGGACGCAGGGUAGAGGACAGGGAGAUGUCUAGCUUGGCUUGCAUGAUACCAGGGUCAUCCUGAGGUUGACAUCUCCUUGACCUUUUUGUUUAUAUCCCCACACCCAAGGUUGCCUUCACUGCCCCCUGAGUUGAAGCAAGUUUGUUGAGCACUUGAUAAUCCUCUUUCUUCGUGCUAUGGGGAGUAAAGGGAUAAUCAGUCUAUUUCCAGAACCCAAAGAGGGUUAGGAUAAAAAGUAGCUUUCCUUUAUCUGUUACCCCUCCCACUAUGCCUUCUGCACUCCAGCUUGAUGGCCCCUGUGUCUGUGAGCCCCUCUGGAAGGAGACUGCUUUGCCUAAUGCCUAGAACUGCUGAAACUGCCGGUUCACUGUCUCAACACUAAUCUAAUUUCCACUCCACUUCUUAAAAGGGAUUUGGCUUCUAGACUUGUAGACCUGGGUGCAGGGCACUCUCUCCAGACUCCCUACAAAUUCCCCACACACAUCAGCCAGGGACCUUGUGCAGGCAUCUGCUUAGACAGAGCAAGGGCUGGCUGCUGACCUGGAGGGAUAGAGACCCUCUGCUUGCCUCUGGGGCCCAUCCACUGGUUGUAUAAGGUAUGUGACCGACCUAGCACUAGCCUUGUCAGAAACUCAGGCACAGCAAGGAGCAAGGGUCAGGACAACAGGCAUUUUCCUGUAGUCUGUUCCAGUUUCUCCUUUUCCGGGUAGUUCCAGGGACUUUGCUAGUUGAGGAAUGUCAGAGUGCACUGAAUUCCAGACAGGAAAGGGGCCUCUUCCUUGCCUGUAAAGCUGGGGGUGACGAGAGCAAGAAGACGGUCCUGAGGAUGAAUGACUGAACAGAACUUUUGAGAAUUUAGUAUAUUGUAAAACCUUGUCUUUGGAAUCUAGCUGGACUUCCUGGCAAGGCUUACUGAGGAGGGUUUGAGGCCUAUCAAGAAAAAUAAAACACAUCUUUUUAAAAAGGCACACUGUAAUAAAAUACAAAGUGGACAAUGUUCUUAUUUAAUCAAAUAUCAAUAUUGCUGCAGGUAGAGGAAAUGUCUAUGGAUACACAGGAUCUCAGAAGAAAUAGGUUUUAUACUCAGAAUGUUCUUGACUUUAUGUUUAGGAUCAUUCUGCCUUUUCCCAGCCCACUCAAUACCUGACAUACAUCCCAAGGUGGAAGGCAUUGCCAGAGACAGAUAAUAUGGCAGCUAACGUGAAGACACCAAGCCAUGUGAUCUUCAAGAAGAUCUCCCGGGACAAAUCGGUGACCAUCUACCUUGGGAAGAGAGACUAUAUAGACCAUGUUGACCAAGUAGAACCUGUGGAUGGUGUCGUGCUGGUGGAUCCUGAGCUCGUCAAGGGAAAGAAAGUGUUUGUCUCUCUGACCUGCGCCUUCCGCUAUGGCCAGGAAGACAUCGACGUGAUAGGCCUGACCUUCCGCAGAGACCUGUACUUCUCCCAGGUCCAGGUGUUCCCUCCUGUGGAGGCCAUGGGCACCCCCACGAAACUGCAGGAGAACCUGAUCAAGAAGCUGGGGGGCAACACGUACCCCUUCCUGCUCACGCUUCCUGACUACUUACCCUGCUCGGUGAUGUUGCAGCCGGCUCCGCAAGACGUGGGGAAGUGCUGUGGGGUUGACUUCGAGGUCAAGGCGUUUGCCACAGACAGCCCGGACUGCGAAGAGAGCAAAAUUUCCAAGAAGGGCUCUGUGCGCUUACUGAUCCGCAAAGUGCAGCACGCGCCGCUCAAGAUGGGCCCCCAGCCCCGCGCUGAGGCCGCCUGGCAGUUCUUCAUGUCUGACAAGCCCCUGCACCUGGCAGUGUCCCUCAGCAAAGAGAUCUAUUUCCAUGGGGAACCCAUCCCUGUGACCGUGAGUGUGGCUAAUAACACAGAGAAGACAGUGAAGAAGAUCAAGGCAUUAGUGGAACAAGUGGCCAACGUGGUUCUCUACUCCAGUGACUAUUACACCAAGUCAGUGGCUGCGGUGGAAACACAAGAAAAAGUGCCACCAAACAGCACUUUGACCACAACGCUGAUGCUGAUGCCCUUGCUGGCUAACAACCGUGAAAGAAGGGGCAUCGCCCUAGAUGGGAAAAUCAAGCACGAGGACACGAAUCUGGCGUCCAGUACCAUCAUAAAGGAGGGCAUAGACCGGUCCGUCCUGGGGAUCCUGGUGUCCUACCAGAUCAAGGUGAAGCUCACGGUGUCAGGCUUUCUGGGAGAGCUCACCUCCAGUGAAGUGGCCACAGAGGUGCCUUUCCGCCUCAUGCACCCCCAGCCUGAUAACCCAGCUGCAGCAAAGGAAAGUUUGCAGGAUGAAAACUUGGUUUUUGAGGAGUUUGCUCGCCAAAAUCUGAAAGAUGGAGGAGAAUAUGAGGAAGGGAAGAAGGAACAGGGGGCAGCUGUCCAUGAAUGAGGAGGUCGGCCCAGGACGCGGGGACGUGGGCAAGUUCCAGGCAUGGUGGUUCUGCUUCGUUAGCCUGCUAGUCAUGAGAAAUACCAAGGUCUGAGUCUCUGUCACAGAAAUAAAGUUUGUCUCUUCUUCUCA